ACUUUAACAAUAAUGAAUCACGUCAAACUCAAAAUUCAGACAAAUUCAUAAAAAAAAUUGAAACUUUUGGAUAAGAUUUAAAAAUAGUUUGGUAAAUUUCUCGUGUAAAGGACACGGCCAUGGCUUGUAAAAAAGUUACUUCAGAAGAAGCAAAUAAAGAAUUUGACCAAAGAAAAACAGAAAUGGAAGAAAGUUUAAAAGGUCCAAAGGAAAAGACUAAAUCUGAGAUUGAUGGCGUUGUUCAAGAUAUCGACAAAAACUCUCAAGCAGCCAAAGAAAGUGGGAAAACUUCGGUCAAGAGUUGUAAAAAAGUUACUUCAGAAGAAGCAAAUAAAGAAUUUGACCAAAGAAAAACAGAAAUGGAAGAAAGUUUAAAAGGUCCAAAGGAAAAUACUAAAUCUGAGAUUGAUGGCGUUGUUCAAGAUAUUGACAAAAACUCUCAAGCAGCCAAAGAAAGUGGGAAAACUUCGGCCAAGAGUUGUAAAGUUACUUCAGAAGAAGCAAAUAAAGAAUUGGAAGAAAGUUUAAAAGGUCCAAAGGAAAAUACUAAAUCUGAGAUUGAUGGCGUUGUUCAAGAUAUCGACAAAAACUCUCAAGCAACCAAAGAAAGUGGGAAAGAAGCUAAAGAUGAAAUUAAUACGUUGGUGAAAUCAUGUGCUGACAAAACUCCUAAAUGAUACAUGAGCUGUUGAAUGGUGAUUUGCAAAAGACGUUCGAAGAAGAGAGAAGUGCGUUAGGAGAUAAAGUUGCUGAGUUGGAAAAUCACUUAUAUAAUAAAAAAAAAUACGAAAACUAAUAGGGGAGGCUUCUAAAGCGGUUCACGUUUUCAAAAGUAACGCACAAAAACAAAUUAAAACUAUAAGCGAUAAUCAUUAAGAAGGGUCUAAAAUAACAAAAGAAAAACAUCAAGAAAGAAAACAAAAUAAAAGUGUUUGGAUAAAUAUA